AUGUCAGAGUAUUCACAUAUGCAUCAUUCAAUAUGUAAACAUUGUAUGUGUGAUCAACAAUUAGCAACAAUAACAUGUACAGGACAAAAUUUAUAUAUUCAAACUAUUAAACUUCCCAAUUGGGCAGAGGUUCUUCAUAUACAUAAUGUAAAUAUGAAACAUUUACCACAUUUUACAUAUAAUACUAAUCUAAGAGUAUUAAGAAUUAAUAAUGCAAAAAUGGAAAAUCUUCAUCCAUUAUCUUUUAUAUCAAUACCAAAUCUUGAAACAAUACAUUUUGCUGAUAAUAUGAUAAGUGAAUUACCUGAUAAUUUAUUUCAACCAUUACAUAAAUUAAGAAUAUUAAAUUUAGCAAGAAAUAAAAUAAAUAAUGUUGGAAUAUUUGAAAAUAUAAUACCUAAUAAUAUUAUAUUAGAUCAAUUUGUAUUAGAUGGAAAUAUAUUAGAAAGAACAUUUAUGUUAAAUGAUAAUAGUGGUUAUGGAACAUUUCCUUUAGCAAAACAACUUCAUCUUUCUAAUACUGGUAUUAUUGGCAUUACCAAAGAUUAUUUUAUAUUAUCAGAAAAUAAAAAUUCUAUUAAUGAAAAAUGGACAAUGGUUCCAUUUAGUUAUCAACAAUGGUCAAUAUUAAAAUAUCUUGAUUUAUCAUAUAAUCAAAAAUUAAAAAUUAAUCAUUUAGCAUUAGAAUUAAUGAAUAAUAUAACAACAUUAAAACUUGAUCAUUCAAAAAUACCUAAUGAAUUUAUGAAAUGGUUAGAUACAAAAAGUAAAGCAAAACAUGUAUCAAUAUCAUAUGCUACAUUAAAUGAUGAUGAAAUGUUAUAUGAAAAUAAUGAUGAUAUCAAUGAAUGGAUAUAUUGUAAUUCAAAUUUAGAAUAUUUAGACAUUUCAGGAUUAGGUAUAACAGAAAUUAUUUUACCAAAACAUUGUCAUGUUAAAUAUUUAUAUGCACAAAAUAAUAGAAUAUAUAAUUUUCAAUUUUAUAAUCCAUCUUUUAAGAAAAUAUAUUUGGAUGAUAAUAAUUUACAUCAAUUUCCAACUCCUGAAAUAGGAAUUGUUUUUGAUCAACUUGAAGUUUUUUCUAUUUCUCACAAUCAUAUGAGAAAAAUUUCCUCAAAAACUUUUCAUUAUUAUCCAUCAUUAGAUUAUUUAGAUAUAUCUUCAAAUCAACUUUAUUAUAUUGAUGAUGAUGCUUUUCCAUCUCUUGGAUUAAGAAUUAAAUUUUUAAAUGUUUCAAAUAAUCGUUUGGCAAAUUUUGUUCAUCCAAUUCUACCAUCAUUAAAUAUUUUAGAUUUAUCACAUAAUCAAUUGACAUCUCUUGAUCCUGAACUUUUUGCUGGUCUUCCUACUAUAAAUAGAUUAAUCCUUGAUCACAAUUAUCAAAUUGAUAUGGAAUGUAAAUUAAAAUCAAAAAAUUGUUGGUUGGAUUCAAUUAAUUUAUUGUCAUCUCUAGUUGAACUUCAACUAUCCUCAACAUCAUUAAAUCAUUUUCCUAAUUUAUCAACAUUUACAAAUUUAAAAGUUCUUACAUUAGCUAAUAACAAAAUUAUUAAUAUUGAUAAUUCUCUUUUACCAAAAUGUUUAACACACUUAGAUUUGUCAAAUAAUUUAAUACAUAAUCUAUCAACAAUUUCAUCAACAAAAAUCUCAUGUCUAAAUGAUCUCAAGAUAUCAAAUAAUCCAUUACAAUGCCAUUGUUCAUUGGAAAAAUUUUAUCAUAUACUACAAAAAGAUGAUUUGUUUUUCGAUCAAAAUGCUUAUUAUUGUUUUAAUAAUCAUUGGCAAUAUCCAUUAUCUACAUACCUCGAUUCAACAACAUCCUGUGACAAGGCAAAUGACACCUAUAAUUCAAUUCCAUCAUUUACACAUGUUACUGGAGUCCUCCUCAUAUUUAUUUUAAUAUUUUUUGGAGUAUUAUUCAUGUUAACAAAAGUUAAUUCGGUGAUUACAAAAUAUAAUAUAGUUCCUUUUACUUAUAAACCAGUGCAAACAAUAGAUGAACCAAUUGAUUUGUAA